GCAGGCUGCUGUGCUGGCCACAAGGAAGGCUGAAGCUGACAGGACAAGGCGGGCAGACCUCAAGAGGGGUCUUGGGCAGCAGACGCUCCCUUGAAGGGCAGGGUGCAUGAUUGGCUUCACGGAAGCAGCAGAGAUGGCCAAGGCCAGGCCUGGGCGGCAUCAGCCUCCAGAAGCAGCAAGACUCUGGCUGUUCCGUCUGCUCAUAAGAACAACUGCCACUGGUACCCAGGGGAUGACUGGAGGCCGGACCACAGGCCGCCAAAAGAAGGCUACUCUGCUUAGAGACGCAGACCAUGUGGGGCUCCCAACAGCUGCUUGUGGCGUGGUGUCUAGUGUUGGCAGCAGAUGGUACUGAGCAUGUCUACAGGCCCAGCCGCAGAGUGUGCGCCGUGGGAGUUUCAGGAGGCCCUGCCUUGCCCGUCUUGGAGUCCUUUGUGCAGCGUGUAUAUCAGCCUUUCCUCACCACUUGUGAUGGGCACCGAGCUUGCAGCACUUACCGAACCAUCUACCGGACUGCCUAUCGCCGCAGCCCUGGGCCGACUCCCGCCAGGCCUCGCUAUGCCUGCUGCCCUGGUUGGAAGAGGACCAGCGGGCUCCCUGGGGCUUGUGGAGCAGCCAUAUGCCAGCCUCCAUGUGGGAAUGGAGGGAGUUGCAUCCGCCCAGGCCACUGCCGCUGCCCUGUGGGAUGGCAGGGAGAUACUUGCCAGAUAGAUGUGGACGAAUGCAGUACCGGAGAGGCCAGUUGUCCCCAGCAUUGUGUCAAUACCGUGGGCAGUUACUGGUGCCAGUGCUGGGAGGGGCAAAGCCCAUCUGCGGAUGGAAUGCGCUGCCUGCCCAAGGAGGGGCCCUCCCUGGUGGCCCCAAACCCCACAACAGGAAUGGACAGCAUGGUGAGGGAGGAGGUGCACAGGCUGCAGACCCGGGUUGAUGUCCUGGAGCAGAAACUCCAGUUGGUGCUGGCCCCACUGCACAGCCUGGCCUCUCGGGCCACAGAGCAUGGGCUGCGAGACCCUGGCAGCCUGCUGACCCACUCCUUCCAGCAGCUGGACCGUAUUGAUUCCCUGAGUGAGCAGGUCUCCUUCUUGGAGGAGCAGCUAGGGUCCUGCUCUUGCAAAAAAGAUCUGUGAUGGCAUCUCACCACCCAGGCUGGACUGAGCUGCCGCCUCUACAUCCCCUUCCAGCCAGACUUCAGGUGCUAUCUGGUGGUACCUGUGAGCAGAAGGCCCUCCUUCUCAGGAGGUUCCUAGGACUUGGGCAUGGGGAGUGGGGCCUUUCCAGAAAAGGUACGAGAACACCCUGUCCAGAGAUGAGGUCAGGAUUGUCCCCAUCUUUGUCAUAAUAAAGCUGGGACUUGA